ACGUCGAUCCAGUUCGGCCGAGAGCAGUGACGAGUGAGGAUCGGCACGGCCGAAAGCUGCCCCAGCGCAAAUCGGACGAUUGUCGACUCUCGCAUUAUCAGGCUCAUCGAGCGCCAGCAACCCGCGCUCCUUCGCAUCUUCGCAGACGCUAACACCAGCUGCGGCGUACGGUCACCAUGUCGGAGGGAUAUGUGCGAACGCGCAACUACAAGAGCGAGAAGCAUGGCAAGGUGGCCUCUUUGGCCGAUCGGCUGUUCUACACGACCAAGGAAUCCGUCGUCAAUCGGGGAUGGGGUCCCCUCGUGCUCCUAGCUCGGACGACGAUCGUCGCUCUGAUGGAGAAGAUCACCUACGGACAGCUCAGAGUGCUCACGCCCGACGGCAUCUUCACUUUCGGUAACCCGAUCAUUGCCGAUCCUUCCUACUCUUCCUCGACGCAUGCUCUGCCCGGGGGAACGAAGAAAGAGCUCAAGGCAGAGCUCCGAGUCGUCAAUGACGCUUUUUGGGUCCGCAUGCUGAUCUUGAGCGAUCUCGGUUUCGCCGAAGCUUAUAUGGUCGGCGAUGUCGAAGUGGACGAUCUUGACGCUCUCUUCAAGAUGUUCAUCCUCAAUCGUCAAAACUUGUCCGAGAUGUCAAUGACGACUUCCAAGAUCUUCUCCAGUCUUAACUACCUCAUGAACUCACGCUUCGUCAACUCGGUCUCCAAUUCGAUCUCCAAUAUUUCAGCACAUUACGACCUCGCGCCUGCUUUGUUCCAAUCUUUCUUGUCACCUGACAUGACGUAUUCCUGUGCCAUAUUCUCAGAAGCCGAAGGUGGUCUCGAAGGCGAUCUCGCCCAGUUUCCUCGUCUCUCGGCUGCCGUAGGCGACGUGGUCAAGCAGGUGGCAGCUCAGCAACAAGCAGGCGAUCAAGUCGAUACGCCUGAGCUCGAAGCCGCUCAGCGAAGGAAGCUACAGACCAUCAUCGAGAAAGCCCGCAUCGGCAAGGGUGAUCGCGUACUCGAGAUUGGUAGCGGCUGGGGCUCUUUCGCCAUGCAGGCUGUACAAACGACUGGCUGUACGGUUGACACCCUGACUCUCUCUGUAGAACAGCAAGAGAUUGCGGAAGCACGGAUUGCUGAAGCAGGCCUGACGGCUUCCAUCCGCGUCCACCUGAUGGACUAUCGCAAUAUACCCGACGAAUUCGUUCACGCUUUUGAUCGUGUCGUCAGUAUCGAGAUGCUCGAAGCGGUCGGCAUCGAUUUCCUCGAUUCCUACUUUGCCAUUGUCGACAAGGCGCUCAAGCCUGAUCGUGGUCUCGGCGUCUUCCAAGUAAUCACUGUGCCCGAGGGGCGCUUUGAAGCCUAUAGAAAGAGCGUCGACUUUAUUCAGAAAUGGGUCUUCCCUGGCGGGAUCUGUCCUUCGCUCACUUCACUCUUCACGGCCAUCAAUAAGGGAUCUCAAGGUCGGCUGCUCGUCGAGACUGUCGAGAAUAUCGGUCCUCACUAUGCUCGCACUCUGCGAGAAUGGCGGAGACGGUUCGAGGCUCGAUUUGAGUCGCAUAUCGUACCCAGCUUACGAGAGACGUAUCCCGAACUCAAGUCGCGAAAGCAACUGGAAGUGUUCCGACGGAAAUGGUCCUACUACUUUUGCUACUGCGAGACCGGAUUCUCAAUGCGCUCGUUGGGCGACCAUAUCAUUACGAUCACUCGCGAGGGCAAUCUAUCACUGUACUGAACACGCUCCGUUUGCCCGCUAUAGACAUGACGAUCGUCACCCCGGCUCGUCCGAAUCAGAUACCAAGCUCUCGCAAAGGCAUGAUAAGCAGUGUACAACAGAUGCGCAUAUUGCAUAUCAUGGCUCAACCAGCACGACGU